CAGAAAAACACUUUGAACUAGUCCAUGGCAGUUGUGAAUUUGACAGUUGGGAAGGAGAGAUAAAUUAGCAAAAAAGGCCACAAAAUCCCCUUCAACUUCACUCUAAUGCACCCUUAAUUAACCAAAAACCACAGGGGUGGAUUGUGAGGAAGUAAAAAAUGGUGUUUGAUCCAUGAUGGCAAAGACAAUGUGCUGGCUUGGUUGGGUCAAGAGGUUUUUUAGUUCUGAUCACCCCAAAACUAAAUCUGAAAAGAAACCUAGAAAGUGGAGAUGGGUUACUGAAAGAUUCAAGAUUAAGAAAUGCCCAGUGAUUGCAGCAGCACCACAACGAACACUUAGUGAAGCUACAGAUGAAAGGAGGAGGCAGGCUUUGAGUGUUGCUGCUGCCACAGCAGCUGCGGCCGAGGCUGCGGUUGCAGCUGCCAAUGCUGCGGCGGAGGUUGUCCGCCUUACAGUCGCCUCGGGCUCCUACUGUCCGUUUUUGAAGCAAGAUCGAAUCACGGCUGCCAUUAAGAUUCAAAGUUAUUUCAGGGGAUAUCUUGCAAAGAAGGCAUUGAGAGCACUAAAGGGAAUAGUGAGACUUCAAGCAAUAGUUCGCGGUCGAGCUGUGAGACGUCGAAUAGAAGCGCUUUUGAAGCGACCGUUGAUAAUCGAGGAAAGAAGGAAAUUGAAAAUGUUUCAGAAAAGAAAUCUUAUUCCAGAGAAAAGUUGCAACAGCUGUGGGAAGAAGGUGUUCAUCCAACCAAAAGAGGAGUUUGAGGAAGAUGAAUUAAAGCUUGAUUUGAACAAUCUGAGAAACUGGGAUGGUAGCAGUCUGUCUAAAAAGGGCAUUGAAGCCUUGCAGUUGAGAAAGCAAGAAGCAGUUAUCAAGAGGGAAAGAAUGUUGAAAUAUUCAUUUUCACACAGAGAAGGAAGAAGUAUCCAAAUGGCAGAAGAAAGUCCAAGGAGAAGUUUGAGGCCAAGUGUGCAUAUAAAUUUAGUAACUGAUCAACAAGAAAUGUAUGGGAAAAAGCUUGGAAAUUAUGUGAAUGUGAGUUCAGAUUAUUCAUUCCCAAGAAGAUCAUUCUGCCAUUUGAAACAUAACUCAUCAGGUGGAGGUGAAGAUAAUAGUUCUUCCAUGGCAACAAGCUGCUCCCCUGUUUUUCCAACAUAUAUGGCUGUGACAGAGUCUGCCAAAGCUAAGACAAGAUCAAUCAGCACUCCUAAGCAAAGGCUUUCAUUUCUUAAUGAUGUUUCCUUUUGCUCAUCUUAUGAUGGAGAUUUUAUAAGAAAUAUCUCUAACCAUGUUUGAGAAUUUCCUUCUCUCAAUUCCCUUUUUUUUCCUUUCUUUCUUUUUGUGUUCUUUAUAUCAGUGUGCUUUUUUUCUUUUCUUU